AUGAAAACAAAGUUCUUCACAUUCACGUUCCGAUUCUUAAUUUCGACGUUCGACCUGAUCAUUGAUUGGUUGUUGUUGUACGAGGUGAUAGGAAUAGAACAAGGCCUCGUGUUUGGACCAUUUCCGGAAUCUGCUUCAUGCCUUCUCAUUUUGUUUUCUUGUAUUGGGACCGUAACUUACAUAGCUGAGCUUGUACUGAAUAUCGUCGAUUUCGUGGUGGAGAAAGAUGAUUUUCUGCCUGCUGGUCUCCUUGACAACGUCAACCUGGUGUCCCUGUGGGUUGAGGACGUACCUCUGAUAAUGAUGAGUGUGUACAUGGCAGGAUGUCGUGACGCCGCGGUGACUAUAUUACUAUUGGUCAAGGCUUUUUCUACUCUGCUUGAGGUUUUCGUGAAUGUUGGUAUUAUAAUCGCUAAAUACAACAUAGACAGAACGCGGACUGUAGUCGCUAAAUUUGACGAAAAGAAACCCUCUAGAUGGCUGAAGAUUCCACUUUUUAUCAGCCUUGUCCUCAUGGUGAUUGGCUCAACACUGGUGUUCUCGCUUGGGAGUUAUUUCACAGACUCAAAGAACGUUAUUCAAUUACCAAGCUCCCUUGAUUUUAGUUACGAAACGUACAAAGGCAUGAACUACUUACAGGGAUCUGGUGUUUACAUGAACUUUGACCUUGACCAACCUGGUGUGGUAACUAUGACUUCAGAACAAUGGAUGUCACUGCUGACAUUGGAAAACAUCCGAUCUGCUGAAUCACAGCCCGUUUUGGUCCGUGUAACCUAUGACUCGAACCCGAACACUUGGCUUUGGAUUCAGUCAACGUCCUCUGAUGAUUUAACGUCACCCGAAUUAUCGAUCUGCUAUUCCACACAAUCCUCACCAAUGUCAGUGUUAACCACGUGUUCUGAUGACCUUCAGAUGACCUCUAAUGCGACAUCUAUUGUGUUUAAAUUUGUUUACAAAAGUCCUAGUAACUCGAAACCCCUCGGGGACCUCUACUACAACUAUGGGGUGUCGUCUCCCACAAACAUCGAAAGUUGUAACGAUAUCGAGAGCGCGCCCUCGUUUUCACUCCGCUACUUUAAAGUCACUUCCAAUUUAAAUGACAUUAGCCCUCUGUUGUUUAUAUCGGAUGUCAGUGGGGAGUAUUACAAAACUGGGGUAAGUCUGAAUUCUGUACCGGAGUCCGGGAAGACUGGUCUGUUUGAAUGUGGUUGUACCGGGAAGUCUGUGCCAGAACAGGACAAAUCCAUCAGUAUACCUUGUCUUCAGUGGAAUACGGUAUUUCCAAUAUCCAGUACAAUUCCCGUAACUUCACCCACACCUGUCUCUACGAUUACACGGUCCAAACCGUCAUCUACAACUUCACCUACAACUACACCGACUCCCCCGACCACACAAACAACUUCGUUAUCAACUUCAACUACUCCUACAACACCUGUAACUACACAAACUCACACAACCACAGUUACUAGUUCUACAACUUCUACAACUCCUACAACUAUUCCACCUAGCUAG